AUGAGUAUGAAUUCAGAGUCAAAUAUAAAGCCAGACGAUCGCACAAGUGUUCAAGAAAUUGAGUCUGCUGUAUCAGAAACAUCAAAUCAUGGGUUUGAUAAAAAUUUUAGCUGGUGGUCGUUGUUUUCUACUAGUUUUGGGCUAACUGCAUCUUGGUUGGGGGUUUCUGGGAGCUUUGGGACUGGAUUAGCUUCAGGAGGGGCUGUUUUGAUUAUAUAUGGUUUGAUCAUUGGUGCUUUUUUCAGCUCAGCAGUAGCCAUCACCUUGGCUGAACUAUUAAGUGCAUUUUGCAACUCUGGUGGUCAGUAUUAUUGGUCCCUUCAACUUGCACCACCAAGAUAUAAAAGAUUUUUAGCGUUUUUCACUGGAAUUUUGAGUUACUUUGGCUCGAUAUUUACAGCUGCAUCGGUCACCUCUACAUUAGCUGCUUCAAUUGUUGCUUUAUAUGGCUUGAAGAACCCCAAUUUUACCAUUGAAACUUGGCAUAUUUUCGUUACGUACGAAGUUAUAAAUGUAUUCGUCGCAAUCUUCAACAUUUAUGGUAAAACUUUACCUUUUAUUACCGGUUCAGCAUUAUACUUUUCUUUACUUGCAUUUAUAGUUACAUUAGUAACUUGUCUUGCUUGUUCUUCUGGAAAUUUUAAUCUGCCGAAGUUUGUUUUUUCAGAUUUUACGAACACAACUAGUUGGGAAAACUCUGGUAUUGCUUUUAUCGUUGGUCUAAUUAGUCCCAUUUGGUCAUUUGUUGGUUUAGAUGCAGCUGCUCAUAUGGUUGACGAGCUUGGUUAUAGAAAAGCAAAAAUUUUGGUACCAAGAGCUAUUAUUUGCACUGUUAUAUUGGGUUUCGUGACCGCUUUUUCAUAUUCAAUAGGUAUUUUCUUUUGUACUAACGAUUCCAGCAAGAUUGUAUCAGCAGCUUAUCCAAGAUUGGAAAUAUUUUAUCAAGCGACCAAGAAUGUGGGUGGUGCUAUUUUCCUUGAAUGUCUAUGUGUUACAACUGGGAUCCUAUGCAAUGUCACUGCACACACCUGGCAAGCCAGAAUUUGUUGGUCUUUUGCAAGAGAUAAUGGUUUACCAUUCUCUAAUAUCCUUCGUAGAGUCGAUCCAAAUUUGAAGACACCCGUGAAUGCUCAUCUAUUUUCUUGCUUUUGGAUAGCGGUUAUUGGUUGUAUUUACCAAGGUUCUUCCACUUCAUUCAAUGCUAUAAUUACAGCUUCAAUUUGCCUUUUGUUGGUAUCAUAUUGCAUACCGACUGUUCUUCUCUUGUUUAAGGGAAGAAGCAAUAUAGAUCAUGGGCCAUUCUGGGCUGGAAAAUUCGGGUUGGUUGCAAAUAUCCUUACUAUUUGUUGGACUCUCUUUUGUCUUACAUUUUUAUCGUUUCCUUAUCAAAAGCCAGUUACUAGUGGGAAUAUGAACUAUGUAUCUGCAGUUUAUGGAGUUAUUGUUUUUUACCUUAUCGCCUAUUGGUAUAUUAUAGGUAAAAAGACAUUCAAUGCUGGAAUCAGUCAAAUCUAA